AGUUCGAGUCUGUUUGGCGCUCAGAACGACGGCGACGAUUUAGUCUCGGAUGGACGCUACGCUGCCAAGCACCGUCAGUCAGGCUUUCGCUGUUCUCUCGCUCUCGCAAUCGCAUUAUAUCCGACCGAUCGCGAAGUUUUUCGGCACUAUGUGCGCCACGUGAUUGCUGAAAUCUCCUUCGAAAGCCGUCGCUAUAUCAUCAGCGAUAAUUCGGAUUUAAGGUGUCAUGUGAAGAGUGUGUUUGAUAUAAUCAGUUGAUUUUCAUUCAAACGUAUCCCAGUGUGUGAAGUUAAAAAAAAAACUGGAAAAAUUAACAUCUAAAGAGGAAAAAAUAAAUAAAUAGUGAGUUGGUAAAAACAUCGAAUUUAUGCUGUUGUGGAAAUAUAUGAUCUGGAAAAGAUGAACCAGCUGUGCAAAGUGUGCGGCGAGCCGGCGGCUGGUUUUCAUUUUGGGGCAUUUACAUGUGAAGGCUGCAAGUCCUUUUUCGGUCGUACUUACAACAACAUAGCGGCGAUUGCAGGAUGUAAGCACAACGGAGAUUGCGUGAUCAACAAGAAGAACCGCACGGCCUGCAAGGCGUGCCGCCUGCGCAAGUGCCUCCUGGUCGGGAUGUCCAAGAGUGGCUCCCGCUACGGUCGCCGGUCCAACUGGUUCAAGAUCCAUUGUCUGUUGCAGGAGCAGCAGACGACGUCGGGCCUCGGUGGAGGGAGCUCCGUGGGAAGCGGAUCAGGAGGCGGAGUGAGCAGUGCGAGUCUGGAGCAGCUGGCGCGAUUACAGCAGGCCAGUAACCAGGCGCGGCAAACCUAUCAGGACAAGACCAAUCCCUGCAUCAAGUCAGCCACGGCCACGACAUCACCCAGAAUCGAGGGUGCGGCAGUGGGCACGGGAAUCGGUGGCGGCGCCUCUCCGUCAUUCCUGCAAGCGGCAAAGCUCCACCACCAGCGGCAGUUAAAGCUCGAUUCCCGCCUCAGCAACACUCCCAGCGAUUCAGGAGCAUCUUCGGCGGGAGAUCCCAACGAAGAUGGUGUCACCAGCGUCCUCGGUGGCCAGAUCGCAACACCAUCAUCCACCAACGCCACCAGCCUGCCCAAGCUGGAUCUGCGGCAUCCGAACUUUCCGGCCACCUCGGAGCCGGAUGCUGAUAUGCAGCGGCAGCGCCACCAGGAGCUGCUCGAGAUCUUUCGCAGUCACUCGGAGCCGCUGUACAGUUCAUUUGCCCCAUUCAGCCACCUGCCACCUGUGCUGCUCGCCGCCGGAGUUCCACAGCUGCCCAUUUUCAAGGAUCAGUUUAAGGCUGAGCUGCUGUUUCCGACGACCAGCAGUCCUGAGCUCGAAGAGCCCAUCGAUCUGUCCUUUAGAUCCCGAGCAGACCCUGCCAGUCCGAUGGCCCACAACUCCAAUAGUCCGAGUUUAAGUGAGCCUGCUGCGGCGAGCCACUGUUUGGGGGAAUCGACAAACUUCGUCCGAAAGUCCACGCCCCUUGAUCUCACCCUGGUGAGGUCACAAACGUUGACAGGCUAAGAUUAUCUCGUGAUUGCCGGAGAAUUCGCUCGCGUGCCAAAACAAUUUCGAAAACCAUAGGCUAAGGUUUGUAAAAAGUAUUUAAUCAACUUGGGAGAUGGGUUAGAUGGGUUUCAUUAUGAUUUCCGGUGACAUUACUUCUGCUGACUAGUAAAUGUAUGAUUACUUUUGGGAAAUCAACGUUACUGUUACAAACAUACAUAGCAAACCAGUAAAUCAGUAAAUAUUUAAAAAUUGUUGUAAUUUCCCACCUACUUGAAACAAAACUACAACAAGCAU